AAAAUAUAUCAUUAUGGCUAAUUGUUGUGUGAAAUAUCCACAUGAAGCUUCAAAAACCACUUUCGGGGUUCCUAAAAACAUAGAGGAAAGAAAUAAAUGGGAAAAUGCCUUAAAAACUGAUCUUAAAAAAAGUUACAGAGUGUGUGCUUCACAUUUUAAGGAUAGUGAUAUAAAGAGUACUUGGGAAUCUGGUGAAGGUGAAAAUAAAUACAGAAUAUGUCUUAAAGUUCCUAAACUUUUGGAUGGAGCUAUUCCUUCAGUAAUAAUUAAGAAGGAUGAAAACUGCCAGAUUGAAGCCAAAAGAAGGAAGGUAAAUAAAGUAUUAAAUAAUUGA